AUGAUGAAAACAGAUGCAUAUCAGGACUUGAAAGGAAGAAAUCCAUUAGAUGCAUUGGUUAGUCGUACGAAUGAGUUUCUAUAUGCUAUAUGGGUGAACAAGCAUAUAACCCAGAAGCAUUGCGAAAAUCUAAAAAUACAACGGAGCGAAACUGAAUUAGCUCAUCUGUACUUCUUGCCAAAAGCGCAUAAACCGAAUACACCAUUGAGACCCAUAGUAGCGGGAAUGAAAUCACCAACUAUAGGGAUAUCCAAAUGGUUAGAUGAUGUAUUGAGACCGUUAUUUAAUCAAUUAGCUUCUGAAACAGCAAUUGAAAACGGUACUCAACUGAUCAAGUCAGUUGAAAGAUGUUCAGAGAAUUAUCUCACAUCAUCAACUACAUUCAUAUCCAUGGACGUGACAGAUCUAUACACAAUGAUCCCACAAGAAGGGGCAGUGAUAGCUAUCAAAAGAUUACUAGAAGAACAUAAUCUUAAACAAAUUGACGGUAUUAAGAAAGAAAUUAUCUUAGCUCUUACUAGAUUUGUUCUAACUAAUAAUUAUUUCUAUUUUGAUGGGUCAUAUUAUAAACAGAUAAAAGGAGGUGCCAUGGGUUCGCCACUAACCCUCACCAUAGCAAAUACAUACAUGUAUUUUGUUGAACGUCCCAUUGCGAAAUGGGCUAAAAGAACGUUCUCAUUGUACUAUAGAUAUAUCGACGACUUAUUCAUCAUGUCAAAUGUACAUGAAGACAUAUUAGAAGGUCUCGUGAGAUUCUGGAAUAGAAUUGACAGUAGUAUCAUUUUUUUCCGAAUCAAUAGGAAAGAACGUUCAAUACCUGGAAGUAGAUUUUGA